AUGUCUACUCCAAUCAGUCAGGUUCGCCUUCGUGGGAGGCGUCUAGGCAUGGGAACACUCCGACGAUUAACUUCCCCAUCAAAAAAAUUAUCAAAAAUUACUGCAACCUCAUCUACCAAAAAUGUUGCAGCAACAGUUUCAUUUUCAUCAAAUUUCCAAUGUCGGAAUUUUCACUGUUUUAUUAUUUCUUAUCAGCUAAAAAGUAGAAGUCAAAUUUAUCUUCCAGACAGUUCGUUGUAUCCCUCAUUCUUCCUUAUUUCUCAUUUACCACUUUUUCAGUUUCUUAGCCAAACUACUUUCUCUAAAUGUCUCAGAGGAGCAAAGGCGUUUAUGAUGAAUAACUUUAUUAUCCGCCUUAUUCAAUGUGUCUCAUCUGACUUAACCCAAUUAAAGAUCAGGCGCCCCCACUUCUUUACACAUCUCGGCAAUUUUGAUGUUUUGAGGAGGGAAAAGCGCAUUCAUAUUUUGCGAAAUCAAACAGAUUACAUAUCGAAUUCGUCAAGAACUUUCACUGAUAAGGCAAACGCUGAAAUUUUUAAAGAAGAACGAGUAGAAAGUUGUGUUCCUUGUGCCCACGUCAACUUGACUAGGCAAUAUCUGGAUAACAUAAAAUUUUACUCUCUCCUCUCCUAUCGUAAACACAGGCCACGUUCAGAUCAACUAAAUAUCAGUUACAAGUUUAGGGGAUGUUUUCUCAACAAAUUGCUUGAUAAAGAUGUGGAAAAAAUAACUUUUUCUUUACUGUUUUGCAACGUCUUUAUUGAGGAGCUGAGAGGUGCAUCUUUAAUUGACGGUGAUAGACUAAUCAAAUUCAGUGGUUUUAAAAUCCAAACCUCACAGAAGGAAAUUUUCUGUUUUCAUCAUGCUGUGAAAAAUUGCAGCUUUACUGGUUUAAAAAUAGGCUGUGAUCUAAAGUUUUAUACGUUUUCCUUAAUAAACUUGUCAAAAAAGAGGAAAUAA